AUGGCCGGGCUGGGGGCUUCACCCUACAUGUGCUGGUGGCUGAUUCUCGGCAGCAGUCUCCUCGCCCAAGCCCAGCUGGAUUCUGAUGGCACCGUUACCAUCGAGGAGCAGAUCAUCCUGGUUAUGAAAGCGAAAGUGCAAUGUGAGCUCAACAUCACAGCCCAGCUCCAGGAGGGAGAAGGUAAUUGUUUCCCAGAAUGGGAUGGACUCAUUUGUUGGCCCAGAGGAACAGUGGGGAAAAUAUCAGCUGUCCCAUGCCCUCCUUAUAUUUAUGACUUCAAUCAUAAAGGAACCGCCUUCCGACACUGCACUCCCAACGGAACAUGGGAUUUUAUUCACAGCUCAAAUAAAACAUGGGCUAAUUAUUCAGAUUGCUUUCUGCAACCAGAUGUCAGCAUAGGAAAGCAGGAGUUCUUCAAAAGCCUCCACAUCUUGUACACUGUGGGCUACUCCAUUUCCUUGGGUUCCUUGGCUGUGGCCAUCCUCAUCAUUGGUUACUUCAGACGAUUGCAUUGCACUAGGAACUAUAUCCACCUGCACUUAUUUGUGUCUUUUAUGCUGAGAGCUAUAAGCAUUUUUGUCAAGGACAGAGUGGCCCAGGCUCACUUGGGAGUAGAAGAGCUGCAGUCCCUGAUAAUGCAGGAUGACCUACACAAUUCCAUUGGAGCACCUUCUGUGGACAAAUCACAAUAUAUCGGGUGCAAGAUUGCUGUUGUGAUGUUUAUUUACUUCUUGGCAACAAACUACUAUUGGAUCCUUGUGGAAGGUCUCUACCUGCAUAAUUUGAUCUUUGUGUCUUUCUUUUCGGACACCAAAUACCUGUGGGGCUUCAUCUUGAUUGGCUGGGGGUUUCCAGUGGUAUUUGUUGUGGCCUGGGCUGUGGUGCGAGCAACUCUGGCUGAUGCCAGGUGCUGGGAACUUAGUGCGGGAGACAGGUGGAUUUAUCAAGCUCCAAUCUUAGCAGCUAUUGGGCUGAAUUUUAUUCUGUUUCUGAACACUGUUAGAGUUCUGGCUACUAAAAUUUGGGAGACUAAUGCAGUCGGGCAUGACAUGAGAAAACAAUACAGGAAACUUGCCAAGUCCACGCUGGUCCUCGUACUGGUCUUUGGAGUGCAUUACAUCGUGUUCAUCUGCCAGCCCCACUCCUUCACAGGGCUCUGGUGGGAGAUCCGCAUGCACUGUGAGCUCUUCUUCAACUCCUUCCAGGGUUUCUUUGUGUCCAUCAUCUACUGUUACUGCAAUGGAGAGGUUCAGGGUGAGGUGAAGAAGAUGUGGAGUCGGUGGAAUCUGUCCAUGGACUGGAAAAGGACGCCACCAUGUGGCAGCCACAGAUACGGCUCCGUGCUCACCACUGUGACUCAUAGCACCAGCAGCCAUUCCCAGGUGGCUGCCAGCACUCGCCUGGUGCUCCUCUCUGGCAAAACGGCCAAGACAGCCACCCAACAGCCUGACAGCCAUGUAACUUUACCCGGCUAUGUGUGGAGUAACUCGGACCAGGACUGCCUGCCACACUGCAUCCAAGAGGAGACUAAGGAAGGUAUUGAGAGGCAGGGAGAUGAUAUUCCAGCGGAGUCUUCCAGACUAAUGGAAUUUAGUCUAGUCACAGAAGUACGCCAAGGAGAAACCAAGGAUGUUUUCUGAGUCAAUGAUUGUGGCAG